AUGACAUCCAACACUGCUGAAACGAUCAAUUCUGCGGUAAGGUCAGUGCGGGAACUCCCGAUUACAACAUUAUUAGAGGCCCUUAAAGACAUGCAACAAAGGUGGAGUAUGGCGAAUAGAGAUGAAGCGAAUUCCACAUUCACUGCGCUCGCCAAGACACCUCAUAGUAUGAUGGAGAACAACUACAAGGUAGCCACCAGAUUCUAUGUACAGAAAGCAAGUGACGCUGUGUACAAGAUGUUGGCCGAUGUGAUGCCAAUAGCAGGUAACCAGACAUUUAUGUCCGACACAACCGCUACACCGCGACAGGUAAAUCCACGUGAUGGCAGUGCCAAGCCAGGUCGACCGAGGAAGCAACGACUAAAGUCGGGAUGGGAGCAUAGGUCCAAAAAUAGGUGCAGUAAAUGUAAUGAGAAAGGGCACAAUGUUAAAACCUGUCGGAAUCCAAUAAAAAACGAAAAGCAAAUCCCCGGCGACGCAAAAUUUCGGUUUUCUCACUGCCAACAGGAAUCUACGUGCUCGGUUGGAAAUCGUACCUGUCAAACGGGACCGAACGAACAGAUGGAACUCGAAACUCCUCGAAAGUGCUGCUCCCGAACUCGGAAGGGGCUCGUGUGGACGUCGGCUUUCUCGAACGGGGCUGUUUUAUGCGUGGGGGGUGGUCGCCGGAAAAUGAAGCACUCGGCUAUGGCAGACGGCGACUGGUCGGGACCUUCGUUUGAAGGCGGUCACUCCUUGUUUCUCGAGGAUGGACGGCUACCGCUCGAUAACGACGGUCGAUGGCGUCUCUGCUGA